CUGCGCGAAGAAGCCGCCCUGCCCCUGCUGGACGGCGGCGCCCGUCUCGCCAACUCCCCCGCCGAAGUUGCCGCCGCCAGCGACAUCACCUUCACCUCCCUGCCAGGUCCCUACGAGGUGGAGGCCGUUUCCCUGAGCAGCGACGGCGUCCUGCAGGGCAUCCGACCCGGCAGCGUCUACAUCGACCUCUCCUCCAGCCGACCCACCCUGAUCCGCGAGAUCGAACCCCAGUUCCGCGCCAGGGGCGCCUAUGUCCUGGACGCUCCCGUCAGCGGCGGCAAGACCGGGGCCGCCUCGGGCAACCUGGCCGUCAUGGUCGGCGGCGACCGCGAGGUGUUCUAUGCCGGCGAGAUCGGCGCCGGCAGCGUGGCCAAGCUGGUCCACAACAUGAUCGGACACAGCGUCCGCCAGGCCAUCGCCGAGGGCCUGACCCUGGGCGUCAAGGCUGGCGUCGACCCCGAACCCCUUUGGGAGUGCAUCCGCCGGGGUUCGUUGGGCCGCAUGAGGGUGCUGCAUGAGGGACUGGUACGCACCAUGUUCCGCGGGGAGUUCGAGCCGGCCAGCUUUGCCCUGAAUCUGGCCUACAAGGACAUCUCCCUCGCCACCGAACUGGCCCGCGAGUACGAUGUCCCCAUGCCCAUUUUCGGAAGAGAAGCCUGUCGCCGUACCUACGCCUUCUGGUAG